AUGCCUACCUUUUCAAUGAGUGUAUUUUUGCUGCCUAUAUCUGUAUGUUCUGCUAUUGAACGCAUAAUGAACCAAUACUGGUGGGGAUCUGAGACAGACCGUGGUAUUCACUGGAAGUCUUGGGAUAAGUUAUGUAUCCCUAAGAAAUAUGGAGGUUUGGGAUUUAAGGAUUUAAGAGCAUUUAAUCUGGCUAUGUUAGGAAAACAAGCAUGGCGCUUUCUUACCAAUCCUGACUCCUUGGUGUCCCACAUUUAUAAAGCCAGGUAUUUCUGUAAACGUUCCUUUAACGAAGCAUGCCUUGAAAAUAAUCCUAGCUAUUGUUGGAGGAGCAUCAUGGCGGCUAAGGACUUAAUAGUUGGUGGGGUGAGACGCCGUAUUGGAAAUGGUAACUCAACUCUAAUAUGGAAUGAUCCCUGGUUGCAGGAUGAAAUGGACCCUAUGGUCCAAACGGAGAUGCCACCACAAUUAUUGGAUGCAAAAGUAUCCGGAUUAAUAGAUCAGACGACUGGUACAUGGGACCCACAUAUUUUAUCAGAUAUUUUUUACCCAAAUGAUGUGCCAAGAAUAUUAAAAAUUCCUAUCUCCCCGGUAUAUGAGGAUACAUGGUAUUGGUAUGAUGACCCCAAUGGAUGCUACUCGGUCAAGAAUGGGUACAGGCACAUAGUGGGCAUUUAUGAGAGUAGUGCUGGUUUUGAUAAAUGGAACACACUAUGGAAGCUACGAAUCCCACCGAAAUGA